UGCUCUCGCUGUCACGCAUCGCGUCGGUGAAACGAACGGGGCACCAUACACACAUACGUACCAAUUUAUAUAAUCCGCUAAUUUGGCUGCAAUUUUUUUUUUUUUCAUAAGCAACUUCAUAAUGUAAUAAUUCGGGCCCGAAAAAAAACAUUGUAACCGAUGUCUCCUGCGGAUUCGUGUGUGUAAUCGGUGAAGUGUAAAUGACAGGAUUUACCGCGCGAGAGCUUAUCACUCGAUCGUUUUAUCAUGAAUCAAGGGAGCUGAAACAGAUGAUCAUCGUAAUGCUGAGAGACUUUAAUGGAGACUUUGGAUUGACAUGAAGAACAUAAUUUUCAUCAUUUUACUCGCACUAAGUUCACAACUUCACUGGACGUCAGGACAAUUGAUUCGAGACACAAGGUGCUUUUUGGAAAAUGGAGCGACGGCGGCUCACCUCUUCGUGUCCGAGGAUAUGAAGGUCGGCGAGAUCGUCGGUCCUCUGGCUGUUCUCGGCGAUCCCGGCCCCAAAGGCGACAUCGAGCUGCGACUCAAAGAGUUCGACAGUCCCGUGGUGUUUUCGCCCUAUUCUCGAAAUCUCACCCUCGCGAGGCCCCUCGACAAGGAAGGUAUCGACGGACCCGCCAGUGUUUACGUUAAUGUCAUAUGCGAACGCAAACAGACUCUCGAUCCCGGCUUCAUUAUUCCUGUGAACAUACGAGUAACCGAUGCUAACGACAAUGCGCCUCAGUUCAUCAAUGCUCCAUACGUUCUCAACAUAUCUGAGGUCACGGUCGUUGGCACCAGAGUUCUUCAAGGCGUCAGAGCAAUCGACGCCGAUCAACCGGGACCUUACUCGACAGUACAAUAUAGUAUCCUCGAUGGGCCCCAUUCGGAUUUUUUCAUUUUUGCAAACGCACUAGAAGGUACACUAGUAUUAAGAAAACCACUGGAUUACGAAACUCUGAGUAAUUUUUCCGUUGGGAUAAAAGCCCAGGACCAGGGAAAUCCACCACAGUCUUCCACCACAGUCCUCUACGUGAACGUGAUCGACGCGGACGAUCAAAAUCCUGUGUUCCUCAAUGAUCAGUACCGCAUCAGUGUUCCGUUACACAUAAAAACCAGAAAAAUCCUCCGAGUGGAUCCUGCUCCCAUCAAAGCCGUGGAUCAGGACGUCGGUAUCGGUUCGCCCGUGAGAUAUUCCAUUCAAGGGGGUAUUUUACCAUUUCUCACGCUGAAUCCGGAAACCGCCGAUAUUGUCAUAAAUCGACCUUUGCAAGAUCACGAACUCAUUUCAGGAGCUACGCUUGUGAUAAAGGCUACUCAGAUCGACAACUCCGAUCGUUACACCCUGGCUACCGUCGUCGUAACUCGCGAAGGAAGCGAAGAUGAUAUUUUGACGAACGGUUUUAUAGAGGGCCGAAUACCCGUGAGAUUCGUAUUGAAAGACUACCACGCGAGUAUUCCUGAGAAUACUCCAUCUGGAAGUAUUAUUCUCACGACGGGUGUUAAUAAAAUUGAUCCAAAUCUGAAAUUCUGGUUAGCUGGAGCCGACGAAGACAUGGAACGAUUUGCCAUAACAAAUUCUGGAGAAUUGAUCCUGAAAGGAACCUUAGAUUACGAACGGCGAAUUCAACAUAGUUUUCUAGUUCACGUUACGGAUAAACAUAAUAACGACACUGCCAGGGUUAAUGUUUCCAUUGAAGAUGUCAACGAGUGGGAACCUAGAUUUCGUCAUCCAAGAUACGAAUUUCACGCAAGAACUUUAAGAGAAGGAUCGAUAGUUGGGAGGCUCGAAGCUGCUGAUGGCGACAGAGGAGAUCGGGUUUUUUUAACUUUGAGAGGACCCGAUGCUCGCUCUUUUGAAAUUCGUGACAACGGAGAAUUGAUAUUGAGAUCGGUGGAACCGUUAAAUGGUACCAUAGCUCGUUUGGUCGCGAUUGCCUCAGAUACUGGAAAACCUACUAGAUCAACUAUGAUACCUGUGAUAGUUCAUUUACCAAAUACCGGAACCAUCCUUGAGGCGGCUCGGACUGCUCCAACUUGGCUUGGGAGUAGUGUAUUACUGGUGGCUGUAUUCGGCGCCGUACUCGGUCUUCUUGGAGUAGUUAUAUUGAUUCUUAUAUUAUAUAUUUACAAACACAGACGACCGAAAGGCGAGGGAUCGGUAAAUUCGGCGGCCCUCGGUUGUAAAGAAAAAUCUCCGGUUCCUUCGGCCCUGAAUCCAACGCCGCAGAUACUCGGGGCCAGCAUUUUACGCGACACUCUGGAAGUAACUCAGGAACAUCAUUUCGAGUCUCACGACAUCGAUAAUCCUGUCUUUGGGGAUGACAGCGACAGUUACAACGCAACCAGAAGAACGAAUAGGCAAAUUUUAUUUUAUCCAAGGCACAAGAUAGCACCCGCGUCCGAGCCGCCGGCUCUGUCGGCCACGUCCAACAUACCGAACGUCGGCGGCCUCGUGCAGAACAUGAACGACCUGAGCGCCCGCAACAAUCUCAACAACGUCGAGUCGGCCUCUCAGAGCUCGUCCACCUUCUCGGGCGAUCCGCCGGACUCGUUGGCGCCCACCUGGCCCGAGGAGUACGUGUCGAGGCGAGUGAAGAAGCUCUCCUGGAACGACGACGACAGAACCGCGAGCAACGAGAACGCCGCGACCGAGACUCGAGCCGCGCCUUACGAAUCCAACGAGGAACAUCUCAAUUUAACCGUUUACUUUUGAGCUUCCACACGAGAAAUUGAAUG